AUGGAUCGUUUCCGAGCUCUAUCCCUCUUCCAGCCAUCUAACUUGAACGGCGCAAUCGGUGCUGCUGAUUAUGAAGGAGACCAUGAGCGACCACAACAUAUCUUCGGUUGCAUGUUGGGGAUUCCUCAUACCCAAAUGGCCCGACUUGUAGCUGUACUUGGCUUUGAUUUUAUCUUUGUCGACACUUUACAUGUGCCGACUAAUCCAGAGACUCUUGUGUCUCUUAUUCAGACGAUUAGCUUUGCCAGCGAGGGCAAGACUGUUGCUCUUGUACGAGUUCCCAGUCCUGACUCCGACUUGCUAGCUUAUGCCUUGGACGCAGGUGCGGGUGGUAUCGUCUUCCCCCAGAUUGAUACACCUGAGCAGGCAGCAGCAGCUGUUUACAAGGUCAGACAUGCCUACAAUGGCGGAAUGAGAUCCAUCUCUCCAAUUGCAUUGUAUGAUGGAAUCACAAACAUUGCUCCUGAGGGAUGGACAUCAGAGACUAUUGCAGAUAGAAAUGUCUCAGUGAUUUGCCAGAUUGAAAGCGAUGUGGGCGUUGAGAAUGUCGAUGCCAUUGCAAGAACCCCCGGAGUCAACGUGCUCAUGGUUGGUGUUACAGACCUGAAGGCCACUCUGGGUAUUCCAGUCCGCAACCCCAAUGGUCUUGUUGAUGAGUCCAAGUUCCAAGAGGCUAUCUCCAAAAUGAUAGCUACUUCGAAGGAAACUGGGAUUCAACUCAUGAUUCCUGCUUUCAGGCUGAAGCCUGAAGAUGUUAACUGGCUGAAGAAUUUCAAAAUGGUUGUUACCAGUGUUGAUAUUUUGUCUGUUAUGAAGACUCAUCGGAGUGACCUAGCUCAGAUGAAGGAAGCUCUGGGAGUGGCAGACGCGUCGUCAAACGGUGCCUCCAACGGGAAGCUCAAUGGAAAGGCCAAUGGAAAAGCUAACGGCAAAGCAAACGGCAUCACUAAUGGGGUGAACAACGGCGUCGGCAAUGGGAUAACCAAUGGGCAUCAUUAG